AUGCAGAGCAAGGGAUCGAGACACCGAUUUUCUACCAUGGCGAAUCGAUCCCGAAUUCCUUCACUAUUCAUCUCCAUGUUCGCCACUUUCGCUUCUAUCUACGUCGCCGGAAGGUUGUGGCAGGACGCACAGAGUCGUGUUUAUCUCAUCAAAGAGCUCGAUAGGAUCACUGGUCAGGGGCAAUCGGCUAUAUCAGUGGAUGAUACAUUGAAGAUUAUAGCCUGCAGAGAACAACAUAAGAAGCUUGAUGCACUUAGGGUGGAACUUGAUGCUGCUAAACAAGAGGGUUUUGUUUCAAAGGGCUUGAUUGAGAGCAAUGGGACUUACUCUAAGAGAAGGACUUUGGUAGUCAUAGGUAUACUGACAAAGUUUGGCCGCCAGAAGAAUAGAGAUGCCAUUCGCAAGGCUUGGAUGGGAAAUGGUGCAUCUUUGAAGAAAAUUGAAGAUGGAAAGGGCAUCAUUCUGCGAUUUGUUAUUGGUAGAAGUGCAAAUCGCGGGGACAGUCAAGAUAAAGACAUUGAUCGAGAGAAUGGGUUGACGAAUGACUUCCUAAUUCUAGAUGAUCACAUGGAAGGAUCCCAGGGGCAAGCAGAGAAGGCUAAAUUGUUUUUUGCUCACGCUGCAGAUGAAUGGGAUGCGGAGUUUUAUGCUAAAGUCAAUGAUGAUGUUUAUGUAAAUAUUGAUGCCUUGGGAGCUACACUUGCAACUCAUUUGGACAAACCUCGGAUAUACAUGGGAUGCAUGAAAUCAGGCGAAGUUUUCUCUGAACAGAACCAUAAAUGGUACGAACCAGAAUGGUGGAAGUUUGGUGACAAAAAAUCAUACUUUCGUCAUGCAUCGGGAGAGAUGUAUGUUAUAUCACAAGCUUUGGCUAAAUUCAUAUCAAUAAACAGAUCCAUUCUUCGUACCUAUGCCCAUGAUGAUGUGAGUGCUGGAUCCUGGUUUAUUGGACUUGAUGUGAAGCAUAUUGACGAGACAAAGUUUUGUUGCUCGUCUUGGUCAACAGGAGCAAUUUGUGCGGGUGUUUGA